CACGAAGAGAGAACCCAUGCUUUCCCUUAGUAUACUAGCGUCCGUCCUUCGGUCAGCAUUGGGGGCCCGGCAUAUAAAAGCAAUCGCCACGGUCUCUUGAUGUCCAAAUCAGCUAUCGUCUCCCAUCGAAGCUGGCCGCUCAAGCGGCCGCAAUGUUGACGCAAGGUGACGUUGCUGUUGCCUUGGUGCAGAAACAGGUCAUGGUCGUGCAAGGCGCGCGCACGCACAACAUGCGAGAACGCUGGCUCGACGUCCACAUAUUCAGCCCCUUCGGCGAUCGCCUGUUUCUAGCAUCCAACGUCACUUCUGCUCGCAUCAUGUCAACCGAUAUCCUCACCAUCUUCCCUUCCGACGACGCUAUCCAUCUACCAGCGGAUGGCACCCUCGAAUUACAUCCCAAGGCCUUCUCGGAGUUUCUGGAGCUCAGGGAUCGAAUGCAGAAGAAGUAUGAGCAACUGCUCAGGGAAUGGUUCAAACGCUAGUCGCAUCAGCUUAUUGGUCAUGCUGUUUCGUCUUCGUUAGCCUGACUGACCGCUGCACUGUAUCCGUAGACAUCACCUUGUUGUAUUUGCAUCUGAGCUAUGGCGGAUAUUACCGCACGC